ACAGCGGGCAUCCUAUUGAGAUGCAUGCGAGCAAGAUUUACACGCCAAACAUGUUUGGCUUGUUCAAGGUACACAUGUUCCAGUCGGGGUCAUAUAUUGUGCAGGAGGUAAUUGAUGGACAAAGGUUCAUUGUGAAGCACAUAUUCGCCGAGAAGAGAGAGAAAUGGUCCCGGACAGAGUGUGAGGUUAUUUUUGAUCCCGGGAGAGAGACUUUUAAGUGUGAGUGUGUAAUGUACGAGCACAUGGAAAUGUUGUGCGGCCAUGCACUCAGGGUUAUGAUCAGUCUAGGUAUAACAGAAAUACCUGCAAGCCACAUCAUGAGGAGGUGGACCAGAGAUGCAUACCGUGACAUGCCUGCACAUCUUAUGAUAUAUCAAAAUGACAGCCCUGCUAUGAAAUCCACGAGCUUCUGCCACUCAGCUUUAUACAGAACUGCAAUUGAGAUUGUUCAGAUGGCCGACACUAAUCCUGAGUCAUACGAGGUAGCAAUGUCCCACUUUUUAGAUGCCAUGCCUAUCCUAUCAGAAACAAGCAAGAUCAAAGAUGGCCUUGGGCUGGAAGAGAGACUUCAUGCAUCAGGCCAGCAAAUACAAGACCAAGGAGACAGAUACGAGAGCAGCAGUCUACGCCCAAACAUGGUUGCUCCUCCCAAAAGGAAAGAGUUGGGGCGACCAACCACAGCAAGAAGCUGGCCUGGGUACGAGAAGGUUAGUGUGCCGAGGAUCAAAUUUUGCACCAUAUGCCGUAGUAGGAGCCAUAGGUCGAAUGGGUGCCCAUCGAACUGGAACAAGAAGCCCCGGCGAGAGGCGCAUUGCUCCAAUUGUGGUAUUGCUGGUCAUAGGAAGACCAAUUGUUUGACAACCAAUUACUAGCAAACGAAUUUACGGGAAUGUGUGAGUGGAUACCUGUAGGAUGUUAACCACAUCUCGUGGAAAUCCUAUUUGAAGUUUUAUUUUUUGUAGCUGAAUUAUGCACAGAUUGUUAUCUUGAGCCGAGUUACAAGUUCC